GCAGAGCUCCGGGGCACGGUUUGCCCUCCCCUUCCAGGCUUAGCAGGAAGCGGAUCUUCCCCCGCCCCUCGGCCGUUAGUCCGCCGGAACCGAGUUGCUGCGCGGCAGGUUCCCGCCCGGAAGAGGCCGCCAAGGCGUCUGCAGAUCGGCAACAUGGCGCGAUCGAGGAAUAAGGCAGCUGUUGUGCUGUGCAUGGAUGUGGGCGUUGCCAUGAGUUGUAACUCCUUUCCUAGUGAAGAAUCCCCAUUUGAACAAGCAAAGAAGGUGAUUACCAUGUUUGUCCAGCGGCAGGUGUUUUCUGAGAGCAAGGAUGAGAUUGCUUUAGUCCUGUUUGGUACAGAUGGCACUGAGAAUGCCCUUGCUGUUCGGAAUCAGUAUCAGAACAUCACAGUUCACAGACACCUGAUGCUACCAGAUUUUGAUUUGCUGGAGGAAAUUCAAAACAAAAUCCAAGCAGGUUCUCAACAAGCUGACUUCCUGGAUGCACUAAUCGUGUGCAUGGAUGUGCUUCAACGUGAAACUCUAGGAAAGAAGUUUGAGAAGACUCAUAUUGAAGUGUUCACUGACCUCAGCAACCCAUUCAACAGCGAACAGCUGGAUAUUAUAAUUCAUAGCUUGAAGAAAGCGGAAAUCUCCCUGCAGUUCUUCUUGCCCUUCUCAAUUGGCAAGGAAAGGGGCAGAGGAGAUAUCAGCUUUCGCUUGGACAACCGUGGAUCUUCCUUUUUUCCAAAAGGAAUUGGUGAGCAGCAAAGAGAAGGUAUUCAGAUGGUGAAAAAGAUGAUGUUGUCUUUAGAAGGUGAAGAUGGGUUGGAUGAAAUUUAUACCUUCAGUGAGAGUCUAAGAAAGCUGUGUGUCUUCAAGAAAAUUGAGAGAGGACCGAUUCCCUGGCCCUGCCAACUGACUAUUGGCUCUAACUUGCCUAUAAGGAUUGUGGCCUAUAAAUCGAUUCUACAAGAGAAAGUUAAAAAGGGUUGGGCAAUUGUGGAUGCAAGAACCCUAAAAAAAGAAGAUGUGCAAAAAGAAACAAUUUAUUGCUUAAAUGAUGAUGAUGAAACGGAAGUUCUAAAAGAGGAUACUAUUCAAGGGUUCCGCUAUGGAAGUGAUAUAAUUCCUUUCUCUAAAGUGGAUGAGGAACAAAUGAAAUAUAAGUCAGAGGGGAAGUGCUUCUCUGUUUUGGGAUUUUGUGACACUUCUCAGGUUCCGAGAAAAUUCUUUAUGGGAAAUCAAGCUCUGAAGGUCUUUGCAGCAAGAGAUGAUGAGGCAGCAGCAGUUGCAUUUUCCUCCCUGGUUCAUGCUUUGGAGGAGUUAGACAUGGUGGCCAUAAUUCGAUAUGCUUAUGACAGAAGAGCUAAUCCUCAAGUUGGUGUGGCUUUUCCUUACAUCAAGGAUGCCUAUGAGAGUUUAGUGUAUGUGCAGCUGCCUUUCAUGGAAGACAUGCGGCAAUACAUGUUUUCAUCCUUGAAAAAUAAUAAGAAAUACACUCCCACUGAGGCGCAGUUGAGUGCUAUUGAUGCUUUGAUUGACUCCAUGAGCUUGGUGAAGAAAGAUGAGAAGAAAGGCACCAUUGAAGACUUGUUUCCAACCAGCAAAAUUCCAAAUCCUCAAUUUCAGCGAUUAUUUCAGUGUCUGCUGCACAGAGGUUUACAUCCCCAGGAGCCUCUGCCUCCAAUUCAGCAGCAUGUUUGGAAUAUGCUGGAUCCUCCCACUGAAGUGACAGCAAAAUGUCAGACUCCUCUUUCUAAAAUAAAGACCCUUUUCCCUCUGACUGAAGCCAUCAAGAAAAAGGAACAAGUGACUGCCCAGGACAUUUUCCAAGACAGCCAUGAAGAUGGACCCACUGCUAAAAAAUGCAAGACUGAGGAAGGGGAUGCCCGCUUUAGUGUCUCCAGCCUGGCUGAAGGCAACGUCACCUGUGUUGGAAGUGUGAAUCCUGCUGAAAACUUUCGUGUUCUGGUGAGACAGAAGAAUGCCAACUUUGAGGAAGUGAGUCGCCAGCUGAUAAAUCACAUUGAACAGUUUUUGGAUACUAAUGAAACACCGUAUUUUAUGAAGAGCAUGGACUGCAUCCGAGCCUUCCGUGAAGAAGCCAUUCAGUUUUCGGAAGAGCAGCGCUUUAACAGCUUCCUGAAAACCCUUCGGGAGAAAGUGGAAACUAAACAGUUAAAUCAGUUCUGGGAAAUUGUCGUUCAGGAUGGAAUUACUCUGAUCACCAAAGAUGAAGCCUCUGGAAGUUCUGUUACAGCUGAGGAAGCCAAGAAGUUUCUGGCUCCCAAAGAAAAACCAAAUGAAGAUACAGCAGCUGUACUUGAAGAAGGUGGUGAUGUGGACGACUUACUGGACAUGAUGUAGUUCAUGGAUGUUUGGGGGAUCUCAGAGAGUUGCCAUCGCUGUGGGGCUGGGAAUUCUACCAGAAGAAGCUGGAGGAGACCAUUAAUGGAGGCCAGAGCUCUGGAGAAAGUCCCGGCAGGUUUCUUGGAGGUUGAUCUCCCGAUUCUCUGUGAAAUGAGUACAUGCCUAUGUAAGGGUAAUAUAGACCCCAUACAAGUUUAUAAAGAGUCAUUGUUAUUUUCUGA